AUGGAGACGAAAACAUCCGGCACCGUCCACUUACAUCGAAAUGAGGAUGGCUCUGGAGAGAAGACCACCGUCCUUGCUGAGCACAAUGAGGUAGUUCACAGGACGAACACCGGCGACAUUUAUGUGACUCGCAAUGGCAUUGAACUUGUGCCAACGCCCAGUACUGAUCCAAACGAUCCGCUGAAUUGGCCCUUGUACUGGAAGCUCUUGGUGUUGCUGAACGUUUGCUGUUCUGGUUUGAUGGUAGCCUUCUGUGCGGCUGGUAUCAUUCCUGGGUUCGGACAGAUUGCUGAAGCAUACGACGUCUCAAUCAACAAAGUCUCCUACCUCGUCUCGGUCAACGUCCUCUGGCUGGCUCUAGGACCGAUCGUUUGGGCGCCUCUUUGUGACACUUACGGCAGACGGCCGAUCUACCUGACCGCGAUGGUGAUCACCCUGGUUGCGAGCAUCGCAUGCGCUGUAGCCAAGUCUUACGGGGUCCAAGUGUUCACCCGGAUGUUGCAAGGUUUUGGAGCUUCGGGAGCCAUCGCUGUAGGAGCUGGUUCAAUCGCAGACGUCUUCUUUCUGCAUGAGCGAGGUCUGUAUAACGGCAUCUGGAUUGCGACCAGUCAGAGUGGGCCAUUCGUCAGUCCCAUGAUUCUCGGAGUAGUCAUCGAGAACCUUGGAUGGCGAUGGAGCCUUUGGGUCAUGGUCAUCUUCGCUGGCGCCUUUCUGGUGCUGAUGUUCUGCUUCUUGCCGGAGACAUUGUAUGUACGGCACCUGGACGCCGAUGCCAUCGAACAGAACGCCACGCCGAAAGAACGGAAGCGGUUGUUUGCCCAGACUAGUUUUGCUCGCAUCUCGCCGAAGCCAAUUUCGUUCCUGGAGUUCUUCAGGCCGCUGUACAUGCUCAAGUACCCAUCAGUUGGCCUGAUAGCGUUCUCGUGGUGUGUUGGCGUGGCUCUACCAGACAUCGGCAUCUCGAACAUCGUGCCACUCGCGUUUGGAGGCGUGUAUGGAUGGGGACCGAGUGCUCAAGGGCUGUCGAAUGCUGGGUUUCUGGUUGGCUGUGCCAUUGGCGAGCUGUUCGCUGGCAAAGUGUCUGACUUGUACAUUCGAUGGCGACUCAAGCGCAAUGGCGGCGUCUUCAUCCCCGAGAUGCGGCUUCAUCCCAUGAUCCCAGGCUUGAUCUUGAUGCCGUUCGGACUCGCUGGCUUCGGCAUUUGCGUAGAGCACAAGACACACUGGAUGGGCCCAGUCUCGAUGAUGGCCAUCACCAUCUUCGGCUACCAGCAGCUCGUGUCGCUCGGCAUGGCGUACGGCAUCGACUGCUACAAGCCGCAAGCUCCGUAUGUCGCUGCAGCGAUGGUGUUUUGUCGUCAGCUGUUCGGCUUCACCGUCAACUACUGGUUGCUGCCGUGGGUAGAAAAUUCGGGCUUCCAGAACAGCUACAUCGCGCAAGCGUGUGUGCUGGCUUUCGCCGCUUGUGGGCCGGUUGUCGCGUUGAUGGUUUGGGGGCAGAAGUGGAGGGAAGCGCGUCCAGUGCCGAAGGGCUUCGGGACGAGUCAGUAG